AUGGGUAGGAAAAAGAUUCAGAUCCAAAGGAUCACCGACGAAAGAAACAAGCAGGUGACGUUUACGAAGCGGAAGUUUGGCUUGAUGAAGAAAGCCUACGAGCUGAGUGUAUUGUGCGACUGUGAGAUUGCUCUCAUCAUCUUCAACCACGCGAACAAGCUGUUCCAGUAUGCCAGCACUGACAUGGACAAGGUCUUGCUCAAAUACACAGAGUACAACGAGCCACACGAGAGCCGAACUAAUGCGGAUAUCAUCGAGACUUUGAGAAAGAAAGGUUUCAAUGGCUGUGACAGUCCAGAGCCAGACGGCGAAGACUCCAUUGACCAAAGUCCUCUCAAUGAUGACAAAUUUCGUAAGACCACAGAGGACCUCGAUGUUCUCUUCAAACGCUACGGACAGUCAGCAGCUCCGCCCCAAACCUUUACCAUGCCCGUCACAGUCCAGGCGUCCAGUCAGAGCAAUCUGCAGUUCAGUAAUCCUGGCAACGCACUGCGACCAGCCAGUGCAGGUGCUCUUCUUGGAGGCGACCUAAAUAAUUCAAACGGAGGAUGUCCGAGUCCAGUCUCUAAUGGAUACACCAGUGCCAGGGCCUCCCCAGGUCUCCUCACCGUUUCCAAUGGCAACAGUCUGGGGAAAGUAGUUCCGGCCAAGUCUCCACCUCCACCUCCCAGCCCCCAGAUGGUCAACAGCCGCAAGCCAGACCUCCGAGUCAUCACCUCACAAGGUGGAAAGAGCCUCAUGCAGAUGACAGAGGAUGAACUGGAAUUGGUAAACGAGAAUGCCCAGCGGCUGGCAGCUGGAGCCCAGGUGGCACAGAGCCUCACCACGCCGGUGGUCUCUGUGGCCACACCGAGCCUCGUGGCGCAGGGGCUGCCCUUCUCUGCCAUGCCCACAGUGUACAACACAGAGUACCAGCUGACCAGCGCAGACAUCACGGCUUUACACGCUCUGGCAUCGCCCGGCGGCCUGUUGCCCACCAGCGUGUCCACAUGGCAACAGCAGCAGGCCGUAUCCCAGCAACCGCCGCCGCAGCAGCAACAGCAAACACAACAACAGCAGCAACAGCUGAACCUCGCAUCGCUCAGCAACUUAGUCAUGUGGGGUGUGGAUAAACAGAGCAGCGAGCUGUCUAGCCAGGUGUCCAGUUUGGCUGCCAAUCUGAGUGUUGGCUCUCCGUCCAACCUGCUCUUGGGUAGAGAUGAGUGGUUGGGCCGGCCGGUGACCAACAUCCAUCAGGGCGCUAUGCUAACCGUCAACACAAACUCCAGUGUGAGCAUCAAGUCCGAGCCCGUCUCACCCGGCCGGGACCGCAGCACCCCGUGUCCUCCUCCAUCCUCCACCACGCCGUCCUCGACCUCGGGGGGAGCCGUCCUGACCGCCCCGCCGCAGUACCCCGGCUCGCUGCUGUGUCUGGAGCCUCCCACCGGCCGCUCGCCCGCAGACAGCGUGAGCAGCAACGCCAGCUCCUUCGAGGGCAGCGAUCGGGACGACACCGGCGCUGCCGGCGGAGCCUCUGGUGGAGGCGGCGGUGGUGGCGGCACCAGUGGCGAGCUCCUCAGGGUGUCCAAUGACCCAGAGCAGGAGGGGGGGAACAUAAAGCGAAUGAGACUGGACGCCUGGGUCACAUAGAGCCGCCCCCUCUGCCCCCACAGUGAAGUAGUGAAGUUCAGUGACUCUUACAACACACAACCACAUCAUUGUUAGCACCCCCCCCCACCACCACCAUCACCACCAC